AUGUUUUCAGCUGUGAGGAAAUCUUUGAACUGUAAACAGUUUUUGAAACUUAGAGUGUGUUCUUUAUGUACAGCUGCUAGUAAAGAUACACAUGAUUUCUAUGAUGUUACCAUCAUUGGUGGUGGAAUGGUCGGCUCGAGUUUGGCUUGUGCUCUUGGUAAGAAAGAGGACUUCUCCAUGUCGGGAUGUUAUGCAGUGAUUCAGCCACUGCAUGCAAACAGUCUUUGGGUAGUUCUGUAAAUCAUAUGUGUGUUUUUUCUCUCCUCAAGGACUAGAGAAAUCUUUGGAUGAUCACAAGAUUCUCUUAUUAGAAGCAGCUCCUGACAGACCUCAAAAGAUCACCUCAGUAUACAGCAACCGCGUUAGCAACAUCACACCUGGUUCCAAAAGGCUUCUGGAAAGUAAGUGCUAUUUGAUAAUAAUUUUAUAGCCAAGGUUAUAAACUUAACCCUUUACACUUGUACACUGAAAGUUAACAUCAGUAUGCAUAUUCUACAUACUGUUCUCUAUACAUUUACUGAGGUGCUGACUAAUACUCAUAAUUUCUUUAAUAUUUACCUUAGUAAACAAGACAGCUAAUGAGCUUAAAAUCCCAAUACCAUGGUCUACCAACAAGUAUUUUGAAUUCAUGCAUGAUUAGAUUUCUUGUAAAUACAAAGAUCUGUUUAAGUUGUGUAUGAUUAUUUUUGUUGUAAGGUAUUGGUGCUUGGGAUCAUAUUUGUGAAAUGAGACAAAAGCCUUUUAGAAGGAUGCAAGUAAGCAUUAAAAUUAUAAUUACUGCUUUAUAUUUUCAUCUUAUGUAAGGGUUACUAUUUUUUACUCUGUCUCUCACCUCAUAAAUCUGUUGUUUUCUUCAUAACCACUGAGCCUUGUAAUCUUGGGAGUGACUGAGGAGGAAUUUCUUGUUACUGCAAUAUCUAUGCAUAAACAGAAAGAUAAUGAGAAGAAAAUAAAAUAAUCAGCGUGGAGGUAUUGUGGAUAUAACUUGUAAUUCUUGAUUCUAAGAACAUGGGAAAUGUUUGACAGAUAAUGCAGAGAAUCAGAGAGUAAAGUCUCAGGAGGUAAUUUAUUCAUGGUUAUGACGUUCUUUUGUUUUUUUGUUUUUUUUUUGUUAAGGUUUGGGAUGCUUGCAGUGAUGCACACAUCACAUUUGAAUCAAGUUCAAGGGAUUUGGAUGGUUCAAAAGACAUGGGAUUCAUUGUAGAAAAUCCUGUCACCCUUGAGGCCCUGAGAAAACAGCUAAAAAUGCUUCACUCACGAGUGAAGGUUCUGCAUGGAACAAAGCUCAAGAAAUUAAGUUUGCCUGAUUUAACAAAAGAUUUGGUAUGGAUGGAUAUUUAUAUGAAGUUAAUAUUUUAUCUUUUUUUAAUACAAAUUUUGCUUAAUGAAGAAACAAGUUUGUGUUAAGUGUUAUUAUCUCUUCAGAAAGAUUACUUGCUACCCAUAAUCCUUCAACAAAGAAGUAAAUACGAGUCAACUGUCAGCUGAAGUUUAAAAUCAUUAGGAAUUUAAAUUCAUUUUCAACUUUUCCAUGCUAUAGUUGUAAUUUUUUUAAGUAAAUAUUAAAUUAAACCAUUUUAACAGUAUUGGUGGACUUGAACAUAGAUUGAUUUCAUAUUCAGGAAAGUUUUGAUGCGGUUCUAAUUUCAAAUCUGUCACACAAGCAUUUUAAGUGAUUUGAAAGAAUGAAUCCAUGGAUGAAUGCAUGAUUAUUAUCAGAGCUUUACACAAAAAUAUUAGCUUGAUAUCUUUGUUAAAAACCAUGUGACUUUGAAGGAUAACAAAGAUGUUAGUCAUACAUGGGCUUCCUUGGAGCUGGAAGAUGGAAGGACAGUUCACUCAAGACUAGUGGUAUGUGGUAAAUAUAGAGAGAAUUUAUGGUUUCUUUUCCCACUUUAUCACAGCAACAAGUACCUUAGAACAUAUACUAAGUCAUUGCAUGAAGUAACUCUUAUUUUAAAAUUCAAAUCCAAGUCCUUGUUUUUAGAAACCUAUUAAUUUCCAAGUCCAUUCUAAAACUGGCAUUUAGAAUCAGGUUAAAAUAGUGGUUUUAGUCCUAAAUUUGAAACACUUAAAAUUUGUUGCACAUUCUCUACAUGCCAAACUUAAAACAUGGAAUCAUGUAGGCUGAGACACUACAAAGCUAAAUGUUGAUGGCCUCUAGUGACUGGACACCCAAUGAGCACAGCUUUGGGUUUGGACUAUGUAUUGUUUAUAAAAUAAGUGAUCCAGUUCAUUCCUUUGUAAGAUAGGAGCUGAUGGUCCACAGUCCCUGGUGCGGCAACAAGCAUCAAUGGAUUGCCUCUCCUGGAAAUAUGAUCAGACAGGAGUUGUGGCAACUCUUCAGUUGGGAGAGGUAGUAUUAUGACUUUGCAGGAAUCUUCUGUAAAGAUGAUGCAGCUUUUACUUUAAAAAAAACCUUCUUGCUCUUUGUUAGAAAUACUGACUGAUGCUGGUGAAGGCUACCUGAGUGAGGUUUUCUUCAAGAGAAGAACUUCAAGUAACUGUCAGAUUUUUGUUUAAUUUUAAAAAGUGUUUCUCUGCUGUAGAUUACAGAUAACCUUGUUGCAUGGCAGAAGUUUUUGCCCACAGGACCAAUAGCUCUUCUACCAGUGAGUAUAAUUCUAUGGGAUGAUGUUAAAUGCUUGAUCUUUCAGAUCCCAGUGCAUUCACAAAAUCACUGUAAAUUUAUUGCAGUCUUUUAUCAAUUGGGUAAAAUUAAUUUACUAUCAAUGAAAUUUAAUCUUAAGUUGGAUGGUCUCUAUCUCCUGCUUCCCAAAUUAGAGGGAUCUUUUGGCUUUCCAAAGAUCCCAUUAUGAAUCUUUAACAGAGACUUAGAUUCAUGUAGAGUAGAGACCCACAUGAAAACUAUUUGAUGUUUAAAGAAUAUACCAGGAAAAAGGAAUGAAAAGAUGAUACGAUUAGUUUAUUGUCAAUCAACAUGAUUUUCCAUUUUUUUUUCACAAUUAUUUUAAAUUAAUUUAUGGUCUUUGUUUAGCUCACAGACAAUUUAAGCUCAUUAGUGUGGUCAACAACUCUGGAACAUGCGAAACAGCUGGUCUCAUUAGAGGAAGAUAGAUUUGUUGAUGCUGUAAACAGUGCAUUUGUAAGUUUUAAAUAUAAUAUAUAUGUCUAUCAUCUUAGCUUAUUUUUUUUUCUUUUUCUGAGCAUUUUACCCCAAAUAGUGACUAGCAUUGUAUGUCUCCAUCACCCCGGAAUCACACAUCAUGCAGGGUCGCAAAAAUACUAGAGUUUAAUAUUGAUUGUUGAACAAAUUCUCCUUGUCAGCAUCUGAGGGAAUGUAUAGAGAACAGUGUGGAGAAUAUGCAUACUGAUUUUAGGAUGUAAAGGGUUAACAUGGUAUCAUUCCAUAUUGGAAAGAAGCGUCAGAAUUCAUAAAUCUAUUUUGUAGGUCAUUUGUCAAAAUUUGAUUUAAAGAAUGUUGUAAUUAAGAACCAAAAUGUCCAAGGUUGUACAUUCUAAAAAAUUUAUGUUUUCUUGAGAUGUUCUUUAUUAUAAUUAUCACACAUGUGAUACAGAUUGAGACCAACCAAGCGUGGCCUCUUGGCUGUAGUAUAUGAAAACCUUUAUGUUUCCCCUUUUGUAAGCUUUUAUUUAAUUUUCUUCUUAACUUUUGCCUUUUCAGUGGGAGGACUUGGACCGCAAUCCUUUGGUGGAUCAAGCCACAAGGAUGUCAUAUAUGUUAGCUUCUUUCGUUCAGCCAUGGACAAGUAAGGUCUUUCCUCCCAAGCAUUCAAUUCUCCUUUCCAUUUGUCCUUCUGUCUCCCUCAUUUUAAAUUUCCUGGCUAUGUAAACUGAUUUAUUGAUCAGAAAUUAUUUUUACUCCUUGGCUAGCAUCUCUUUAUGUAACUGAGUCAACAGUUGCUAUCAAUUAUUUACAUUUAUGAAUCAACAACAUUGCAGUUUUUAAAAUAUGUAUGGAAAACUCUGGGCCAAAUUUAUAUGUUGGGUAUGUUGGCUGCAGUGCUCAAAUCUCUCAUUCCUAAUUUUGUUACUCCUUCUAAUUCUUUGUAUCAAAAACUCUUACACUGCCAAUUUGUUUCAGAGGUGGGGUCUGGUACCCAGUCUCCCCCUAGUGUGAGUGGUGUUGAGGAAGGUAGCCGAGCAUUGUUUCCAUAUGGCUUUGGUCAUGCCAUGGAAUAUGUCAGACCAAGACUGGCUUUGAUAGGGUGAGUUGGUCUUUUUGUUAUAAUGGUGACACUUGUAAGAUGUGUUCAGACAAUUUGUACAUGACAUAGAGACCCAAGAAGGAUAAAACUGCCUAGCACUUUCACUUGUGUGUUCUAACUACAAAGUUAACAUUUAUGUUGAGUUCUCCAUAUUUCUCUUAUAGUGAUGCUGCUCAUAGAGUCCAUCCUCUAGCUGGACAAGGUGUCAACAUGGGGUUUGGAGACGUUGCUUGUCUAAGAGAUGUGCUGUCUGAGGCUGCACAGGAAGGAAAAGAUCUUGGUGAUUAAGAAUCAAUCUUUCUCAAGAUCUAUAAUUAGUAUAAGUCAACACGUUACUCUAAGUACCUGGUGCAUAACUUGGCUCUUGUCACAUGAAGUGAUCAGGAUUGUUACUCCAUUUUCUGAGGCUUGUCCUGGCAGUUUUUUGGUACCAAGUUAAACUUAGGGUGAAGGGAGACCUCACUGUGAGAGCUUAACCUCUUUAAAUCCCAUGAGUGAGCACGAUAGAAUUUGUCCUAACAACAUUGAUACUAUAGCAAGCAGACAAGUGAUGAGAACACAGAGAAACAACAGGGGAUUAUUAGUUUAUCCAAUAACAAAUUCUCCAAACUAAAAUCAUAAGAAUUGUAUGACAUACAGGAAGGAGAAUUACUUAUAAGAUGUGAAAGGGUUAACAACACCAUCACAGUGACCUGCCUUGUAUGCCAAACGUCAGGCCAUCUUGACCCCCACAACUUUCCCUGAGCAGGAAGAGACAUAGCUAUGCUAUCUUAAGUAUUUUUGUAAGUCUUACUACUUUAAUUUAUAAAUCAGUCAGUCAUGAUUAAAAAAAUACAAACAAGAUAACGAUCAAAGAAAGUAGAAAAUCUCUUGGCUUACUACUCAGAAUUGUAUGUCAUGAUUCUAUCGUCUUAGACCCCUUUUUCCAUUUCCAGGAUCUCUGGAGCAUCUUUUAACAUAUGAAACAAAACGGCAGCAGAGUGUAGUCCCUAUGAUCACAGCUAUUGAUGCUCUCAAGAGACUUUACUCAACAUCAAGUCCUCUCCCAGUUCUUGCACGAUCAGUGGGGCUCAUAGCAACCAGUGCUAUGCUCCCUAUCAAGGUAAGUAAACAGUUUUAGUCAAUGAAAUUUAAUAGUUAAUUUGAUUAACAAAGUUUACCAUUGGUAAAAGAAAUUAAGCCAGAAUUGAUAGAAGUAUUGCUACUAAAAGGGGUUUUGUAUGGGUCCUGAAAAACCUGGAAAGUCCAAGAAUUUUAUCUUGACACUUUUCAGGACUAUCCAGUCUUGGAAAAAGACUUCAGGUCUUGGAAAAUCCUGGAAAUCUGCUUACCUCAAGCAAUAAAAUUUUCAGAAUUUCCAUGAUAAGAAAUGUUUGAACUGAUUUUGAAAUCGUGGGAAUGAAAAGGUUAAUGUGAAAUUUGGGGUCCUGGAAAAAGUCAAUCUGAGCCAUAGAAAAGUCCUGGAAAAGUUCUUGAAAUUUUUCUCUGAAAAAAGGAAAGGAACCCUGUAGUAAUCUCUUUAUCAGGCAGAAGCACUAAAGGGAAACAGAGAAGAAAGACAAGUGUCUAAAACUGCCUAACUUUGAUAUCCCCUUUUCUUCAAACUUUUUGGAAUCCCAGAAUAUAUAAAUGAUUUGUCAAAUAAUUCUCUCUGUUAUAUUUUUGUUUGUAGGGACAGAUUAUUGACUUUGCCAUGAGAUAGUGCCACACUGAUCUUAAAAUUCUGGUCACAAAGGAAGAAGCAAUGCACCUUUACAAGAACAUAGGUAGCAACGUGAUGUUCAAACAUUGCAGCACACAGAGUUGUUUGAUGAUGUUUUAAACUGUUGUUAAACAAAUUUAUGAAUAAAAGUUUUUCUUGAG